AUGCUACAUAUCGACUUCUCCAUCGCACCGGAUGCCCAGGCGGCGCUGGAGGAAUCGGGCAAGCCCAACACCGCCACGGUGGCCGUGCCCAUCAUCAUUGAAAAGGAGGUGCUUAAGUUGCUGGCGCCCCCAGUGUGCUCCAGCGGUGGCGGCCUCGAGUAUGACCUGAACGAGACCCGUAAGCUUCUGGAUGCGAAGGGCACAUCCGCAGCUUACAUUGUGGUGCGCACCGCCGCGAGUACGCAGUAUGUCGUCAUUUACGUGAGCGAGGCCACAAGCGCGAAGGAUCGCAUGCUCUACUCCACUGGGUCAUCGUGUGUGGUAGAGACGACGCCGCAUGCGCAGAGGCGGACCGUUCAGAUCUCCUCCGUUAGCGAACUGCUGCCGUCGCUGUUCGAGGCCGAGUCUAAGAAAGUGAGAGAGGCUUUGAUGACGGAGAGUGAGCGGCAUCACGCCGCGAUUGCGCGAAUGGAGGUGGCGCCGCAGCCGGUGGUGCUCCCCGGCGUGGCCGUCCAAAUAACCACGGAGGCUGACGAUGUGCUGUCGCAGUUUGCGAGCGGCGCAGUGGAGGUGGCCACGUUCAAGAUCGCAGCAGAGCAGCUUCAGCUGGACAAGACUAUGGCGCAGCUGAAUGGUGACCUCGAUCAGGUGAAGUCCAUACUGACGGACGCUGACCCCCGCUUCGUGCUGCUGCGCUACCCCUCGCCUAAGACACAGCUCGCUGAAGCUGUCAUGGUGUACGUGUGCCCGCCUACCUGCAGCCCCAAAAUCAAGAUUCAGUACGCAUCUUCGGCCGCCGCCUUCCGUGAGCAGGCCUUGCGCCACAAGAUCAAGCUUGCCCACAAGGUGGAGACGGACACGCCGGCGACGCUUGCCGAGGACGUGCGCAGCGCCUUCGAGCCGUUCCCGUCUGCUGGCGCACGCAAGACUCAGGAUCAAUUGCCGUCAUGCCCCACAACCUCGUGGGCACCGAAGGGCCACCGCAUGCUCAUUUGA